AUGGAAUGCGAUUAUGAGAAUGAAAAAAGUUUUCAUAAAAUAGUAUUAACAAUAAAAAAUAAAAUUGAAAAAUAUGAUAUAAAUAAAUGGAAGAAUAUUGUAAAACCAGAAGAUGUGUCAUACAAUGCCUACUUUGAAAAAUUAGUAAAAGAAGAUAUAGAAUAUAAUGAUAAAGAAAAUAAAAUAAACGAAGAAAAUGUAAACAAUGAAAAUGAAAAAAAAGAAAAUACAUAUGAAAUAAAUAAAGAUUUUUUUGAUAAUAUAAGCAAUAGAGAAAAAUUUUAUUUUUUAUUAAAUAUAAAAGAAACGAUGGAAACCAGUUGGCUAUUAGCGCAUAAAAGAUUAGAAGGAAUAAGAUUAGAAGAAAAUUCUGAACUAGUUAAUGUACAAGAACUAAUUAAUUACUCAAAAAAAUUAUCAGAUACAACUUGUGCCCCACCUGAAUGUGAUAAUAUAAAUGAUAAAAUAAUUCAUCAAGAAUACUAUCCUAAUUAUCAUUUUUUGAAUUUUGUAAAUAUAGAAGAAAUUCAUUUAUCUAAAUUAUUUCAAUUGCAAAAGUAUAGUGCUGUUUGUUUUCCCCCUAUAAUUACUAUACAAGAAAAUGAUAAUUUGCUAAUUGUUAAUAUUACUUGUUCUACUCCAAAUACUACAAUUUAUUAUAAAGUGAACGAGGAAUUAAAGGAGAAUAUUUAUGAUUCUUAUAAUAAACCUAAAAUAUCUAAAAGGCAAAAAAUAAAUAUAUACGCGUGGUCAGUUAAAGAAGGUUAUAUAAAAUCAAGAAUUUCCUGUUUUUCUAAAACAUAUAAUGUUAAUGAUCCUUCACAAAACUUAUUAAAUAAUGAGAACUCUUUAUUUUUUCCUGAUUCUAUUAAAUCUGACAAGGGUGAAAAUGAAAAUAUUUUAAAUAAGCACCCUUCAAGUACAAAUGUAUUUAAAAAUUUAGGCUUUUUAUUAAGUAGAAAAAAAGAAAAAAAAUCCGAAACAUCAUCAAAUGAAGAAUCAUCAUUAAGUGAUGAAGAAAAAUAG